AUGGUAUACCAAAAGGUUUUAAACGUUUGCUUUUUCAUUCAUCUCUUCAGAGUCUUUGCGGACAAAGAAAAUGCCCAUUUGACAACACCCCAAAUUUUGAACAAAUAUGGAUACCCGAAUGAAAUACACCACGUGACCACCUCUGAUGGUUACAUUCUAACCCUUCACCGCAUCCUGCCUGCUAAAAACACGAUCCGUAAACCUGUCCUGGUACUCCAUGGACUGUUUGUUAAAUCAAGUAGCUUCGUUUCCACUGGGGUGAAAAAUGGUCUAGGUUUUCUACUAGCUGAUGAAGGUUACGACGUCUGGCUUGGCAACGUCCGAGGAACCCCGUCCUCGCGCAACCACACCACACUCCACCCAAACCGAGACCCCAAAUUCUGGGACUUCAGCUGGCACGAAAUGGGCACGAUCGAUCUUCCAGCAAUGGUCGAUUACGUUUUGAACGUCACCCAUCAAGCUAGCCUCCAUUAUGUGGGGUACUCCCAAGGUACCACCAUCUUUUUCGUCAUGAUGGCAACCCACCCCACCUAUAACGCUAAAAUCAAAGUACAUAUGGCCAUGGCACCUGUUGCUUAUUUCAGGUUGUGUAAUUUAAUUUCUAUGGAUAUUUUUGGCUAUAAAACAAAUCAAGAGGAUUCAAACAGGCUGACUUAUUUUUUGACACACUUUGUAGUACCAGUCUCCAGAAAGCAAGGCCAUCAUUAUAUGCAAAUUAUUAAGUCGGGGUACUUUCGGAGGUACGACUUUGGAAGAAGGAAGAAUGAGGAAGUGUAUGGGUCUUCGACUCCUCCUUCGUACAAUUUGUCGCUGGUUAGCACAAAAUGUCACUUAUUUUAUAGUCGGAAUGAUUUAUUAGUGUCUGAAGUGGAUGCUGCUAGAGUAUGCAAGGAACUAGGUGGUGCUUGUGCUAGCAGCAAUUUAGUCAAUGGUACUAUCAAACACCCGGAUUGGUUGAUAGGGAACAGGAUUAGGGAGUUGGUUUACUCAAAACUGUUAAACAUAAUGGCUGAUUAUUAA